AUAUACGCGUUUGGUAUAAAAAAAGGCAAAAUUUUCAUGAAAAAUCAAAAUUUUGAACUAAAACUGGCCUGCGUGCCACUGUGGCGUUGUUUUGGUUCACGGUUGUGAGGUUAGAGAUCGCUGUAAAAAUCCAAGUAAAAACGCGAAAUUCUGAACAUUUUGGAGUAAUUUCGCACGAUUUCAGAGCAAAUCAACAUCAUUACCAACUACCGCAGCCAUUCCCAUUGGAAAAGUGCCGAAAAGGUGGAAAACCGUGGAAAUUACGAACAGAUCCACGGAACGAACAAACGAAAAUGAGGCUGAAUCAGCGGAAAACGAUUGAACCCACUAGCAAUAAUCGCUCACUAUCGAUGUAAACCACAAAAAGAACAUAUUGCGAGCCCACCCGUUUAGCAAACAGCGUUUUGGCUAGGUUUCACGCUCCACGGACAUGUAAUCGUUUGACAGCGUGUGAGGGUUAAGCGUAAAGUUUUUGGCAUAAUUUUUACAUUUACGCUACAGUUACGCCUCUUGUGGCCACCGCUACUAAAAUACUUCGUUUCGUUCUUGUUUGUGCCGUACGCUCCGUUUUCUGUCGCCGAACUUUUACCUAAACAUAUAAAUCCGAGAAGGUGCGUAGUUUGCCCUGCCCAAUAAAGGGCACCGUUUGUGCGUGUAAGCUUGUGUACGCUAGAGUGCAUCACCGACCGAUAAACGCCUAAUCGUAUCUUACGUUUACACGCUUUUAUGCGUCUCGACGGAGUGGCGUAUCGCCAGCCUUGAGAUGCGCCGGACCGGAAGCAAAAAAUAAAAGCAAAGAUGAAUCCCAUUUCGCUGUAUAUUACGAUAUCGCGGCUGGUGUUUAAGAGCGAUCUGCCGAGCGAGCUGCAGGAUCUGAACCGACUGCUCCCGUAUCUACGCAAAAGCCUCAGCUGCGUCGUUUGCUGCAAACUGCUCGUAGAACCGCAAAGUCCGUCCGCGGCUGGCUGUCAGCACCAUGUAUGCCGCAAAUGCAUCGGCAAACGUAAGAAACUUAAGCCAGCGUGUCGCUUCUGCAAAGAUGCGCCCCAGUAUACUGGUAACAUGCAGCUUCGCAUCGUACUGCAAGGCUACAAGAAGAUAUGCUUGUACAUCCGGGGGCAUUCGGUGUUUCUCGAUAUCAAGAAGUGCGCUAUGGACCAGAUGGGAAGUAUAGUGGGUGGACGAACGGGGCACUCCAACAACAACGGGGCGUCCCCGAACAGUCUCAUGGAUCUCAUCGAUGAGGGCGCAGAUUUUGAGGAUGACUUCGAGUGUAACUCUGGUUUGACGAAAGCGGCUUACUCCAUACUACCCUGCAUUUUCCCUGUACCGGUGGUGCGGAAACGAACAACCGCUUACAAAAUCAAGAAGGCACUCCACACUGGUCAGAAGUCUGGCGACGGCGGCAGGGUCCCAGCCGCCGCACGGAAAUGCCUCCCCCAGGUACUGCUGCACGAGUAUCAAAAGCAGCCCUCAGAGAGAGAACACACGCGUCAGCAAAGGAGUCUGCAGCAGCAGUACACUCAGCGGAAACAGAAACCGCGGGCCCAACUUCAAACACAUGGUCAGCAACAACUACAGGAACAGAUCCAAGGGCAACCUCACCAGGGCAUGGAUCUACAGCAACAACCACCCCAGCCAUCAGCACACGUUAGCAAGCCAAAAGUAUCACAAACGCAACAGCUCAUCCUUCAACCACAACAACAAUCAACGGUACAGCAGCAGCAACAGCAGCAGCAGCAGCAGCAUACUCUUCAACCGCACCAACAACAGCACGUGCAGGUAGUCAAACAAGCACAAGCACAACAGGUCGCACCUGAAGGUCAGCAGCAGCUUCAGCGAUUCCGACAACAGAUGCAACAAUUUAAACAGCAGCAGCCCCAGCAAUCAACGCUGGUGCAAAAACCACAACAACCGAUUGUGCAGCAGCAACAUUCGCAACAAAUCCUACAACAGGCACAACAAAGGCAACAGCUACAGCAGUUGCACCAAAUUCAGCAGCUGCAGCAGCUUUCGCAACAGCAACCGCAGCAUCAGCUGCAACAGCAACCGUUACAGCAAAAGCAGCUUCAACAGCCGCAGAUACUGCAAAAGCAACAACAAUUGCAGUUACAGCAAAAGCAGCAGCAGCAGCAGCAGCCACAAUCGCAAACACAACCACAACCGCAAACGCAGCAGCAGCAGCAGCAACAACAACAAGUGCAGCUACAGCAAAAGCAGCAGUUGUCAAAUCCUACAAUGCUCUCCCAACCGCAGCAGAAAUUGUUAUCUUCUUCGUCUGUACCAACAUCACAGCAACCGAAUAAUCUUCAGGCUUCAGUGUAUCAGAUUCAGCAGCAACCGCAACUGCUGCAACAGCAACGAAUAAACAAGCUAGGAAGUAGCCCAUUAAUCAUCCAGCCCACAAUUCGUCGGGUCAUUGCAUCUUCUCGCGCCGGUCCAACCAUUAUACACGCGAAACUGCCACCAACACGAUCCCCGACCAUUACGGCCAACGCCACUUCCAUCGUCCCCACAAACCUGCUGCAGCCUGGGACCGGCAGUGCUCCGACGCCAGUCGUCAAGAAUGCUUGUCCUCCGACGACACCACGUAUCGUAAACAUAACUAAACCACAGGAGAUCAAAUACCAGUCAGCCCCAAUCAAGACGGUCUCGAAUGGCUCUACAAUGUAUUCCGUUGUGUAUGCCGGCAACAGUAACAAGGUGUCGGUGAAGCGCAAAUCGGAUGUUCCGAUAACGAGGGCAACCAGCGCUUUUCCUUUGAAAAUUGCCACAACAACGAUGCAAUCCCUCCAACAACCCAAAGCGAUAAACAACCCAACGGUCGACCAGCAGGCCAAGAUCGUCCAGCAACCUCUGACAGCCUCGCUGCCUGUCGCUAGUCCGAGCCAGUUGUCUAAAACGAAUACCCCUAAUCAACCUGUUGUUGGCCAGCAAUUGCAACAGCAGCAACGCACAACGCAGCUUCAGGUGCGCUCACAGCAACCUAUAGCAGCGCAACUUUCACAACACCAAGCACUGGUUGCUUCUAAGACGCUCCUCCAGCGCACAGUGCCGUCGCAGCUCGCUGCUGAUCAUGUGAAUGUAGCACCUCGUGCACAGCACGUAGUGUUUCAACAGACAUCGAGACAGCAGCAGGGCCAGCCACAACAGGUGAAAGUAUUAAAUCAAUCACUAGGGCAACUGCAACAACAACCGAAGGUGAUCCAGUUACAAGGAUCUGUCCCACAGCAGCCACAGCAACAGUUGCAGGGACAGCAUCAGCUACCUCAGCAAUCACAUUUACUCCAGAAAAAAAUUUUGCUGCAUGCUGGAUCUCAAAAAUCACCUCAAGUACAACAGCAACCACAGCAGGUGCAGCAACAGCAGCUCGUGAUGCUGCAACAGCAGUCGCAGCCCCAACAGCAAACGCAGUCCCAACCUCAAACACAGCAGUCGCAACAGCAACAACAGCAGUUGCUGCAGCAACAAUCAAUAAAACGGAAAGGCUGUCGCUGUGGAAAUGCUACGCCAACUCCCGGCAAGUUGACUUGUUGCGGUCAACGUUGUCCGUGUUAUGUUGAUUCAAAAUCAUGCGUCGACUGUAAAUGCCGCGGCUGUCGCAAUCCACACCGUGCUGAUGGACUCAAGAUUCGGCGAAGUCUUUCUGAACUGUUGCAACAAUACAAUGCCCCAACCACGGUCGAAGGUAGCAGCGGCGGCGAUGUCAAGGAUGGUACGAAGUUGGUGUUGAGUGGUAUGGGAGCAAAUAUCUCGGGUGGUCCAUCCGGCAGCAGCCUGAUCACAGGGCCGAAAAUAACGCCCGUCACUUACAGCAUGACCGCUGCGAAAAUGAGCCAGGAAGCGGUUGCCAGUGCUAAUAAUGGUGGUAGUAGUAAUGUAAAAGUUAUCAACACUGGCCAACAUCUCCAAGUAGCCAAGACUCCAGCCCCAGAAGUGACAAGUGUUGCAGCUUCCAGUGUCGCUAACACCAUUUGUACCCCGCAAACGGUCAUGUACAAAGCGGGGAAACCAUUGGUGAGCCGCUUUCUACCUACUAUGCACUCGCUACCAGUGGCGACAGCAUCUACUAGCCUAGCCAGUGAUACCAGUGUGUCGGUUCGACCGUUCGUUGGAGGGUUUGUCAAUGGUAAUUCAACCACUACGGUGAGCUAUCUGCCCGUAGCGACCACCAGCGCCCUAUCAACAGCAUCAUCGUCAUCAUCGGCUACCAUCUCGACAGCUUCCGGUUCUACAUCGACUAUUAAUACAGGUUUGUUUUUCGGAGUAGACAGCGCAAGGUCGCUGCCUCUGUCGGUAAAUACACCGGCUACAACGGCUGCUACCGGUCAAUACGGGCGUCUCUGGGCACGACCGAAUGACUCUAAGCAAACGGUGCCCACCUUCGCUGGAAAUGUCAACAUUGCAGACGGUGGAGCGGGACCAUCGAAGACAAAUGCCCAUGGGGGGUCUCUUGCACCGCAAAUAAGAGCACGCAGUAUAUCUAAGCCGGACGCAAUGCUCGGACAGACCUCGAGCCAGCCAAGCCUCAGCAGCGCUACCAACUUUGCCUCCACUUCGUUCUCCACUGCGAUUCCGCGCAGUUCACCUUCGGCGCCGCGCUUUGGAUCGGAUUCGUCCACCCUUGCGUAUUGCUCGCCAAUCUCUUCCACUACCGAUUCGUCGCUGAUGAUGUUGAACGCUGCUGCCGCAUCUAGCAAUCUGUCGACCAACAAUAAUCUUGUGUUUCUCAAUCCAAGUCACGGACUUCCAAGCGAUUUGGCCAACCUUACCGGCUAUGAUGUCAUUCUUGAUUCGGAUGGCGGACUGGAUCUUUGCCAAGAUCUGGAGCUUAAUGCGGCCAACCUGAUGCCUUUCGACUGAUUGGAUCCGAUCGAAAGUUUAACGACCGCAGGCGGAAUUUUUAUUUAUAGUCGUCUGAGUUUUUUUUACUUACUAUCAGCUAAUCGUGUAGAAUGUAAAAUUAUAUGGCAUAAAGCUUUGGUUAGAAUAGAAUCUACCAUUACUGGUGAUUCCAAUUCAUUUGCGAUCGACAAUCGCCACUAUUCGCAUCGGUUUUGAUUGGUUACAAAAACUUUAGCUUAGCUUUCCUUUCCUUAGCGCUGGCAAGUUUUUUUAAUCUAUAAAUACAGGGCUAACCUCUGCAUUAAAAGAAAGAGACAAAAUGUGAAUGGCGAUAUAUUUCUGUAAAUUAAUAUGUAAACGGAAGGUAAUUUAUCGCCAUUCAAAUGUUGACCCGUUUUUUAAUGCAUAAGUUAUUUAGUAAAGUUUCAAAAACUAUCCGCUUCCGAUUGAUCCCCUAGAUCGAAGGUCUCAGGCUCCUAUUAGCAUACGUCCCGAAUGAGAUAUCGCACAUACGCUCUGAGAUCCUUCAUUACUAUGAUUUAAUGUAUCUAAUUUCAGCUUUCUCGAAGCAUGGGCUUUAAUCCUAAGAAAUAUGGAUCGAGAUCCUUCAAUCGGAGAUCUUCCUUUUACUUAUCAGUUAAAAGUUCUUCACUGUUUUUACUUGCUGUGGUUACUCGUAAAUGUUGAUGUGGAUGAAUUGAUAUCUGUUUGAUUAGUAUAUCCGGUAGAUAAGCAGCUAAAUAGUAGAGCGUGGCAAUGCAAUUAAUAUGAUAAGAAGAUAAGUGAUAGAAAAAGAUGAAAAACAAAGCAACGAGAAGAAAAGAAAUUUGGACGUUAAAAAAGGAAGAAUGAUUUCAAAAGAAGAAUAUUCAUGUCAAUUUCUUCGCUAUUCACGUUCGGUUUCUGUUGUUCUUGCUGAGUGCAUCUAAUUUUAUUUUUCUAAUUUAAAAUGGGUAAAUCGUGCUUUGGUUUGGUUUAAUUAUAUGUAAAAUGCUUUCUCCUCUCCUUGGAUGAAAGUUUAUAAAAUAACGAAUCUUGCUGCAGCUGUAGUAUGUAAGGGUCAGAACUUAAGUGCAUCUCACAAAUUAAGCCCUACUUAGGCCACAUACUUUCAUCUGCUACUAGCAGCUCCAAACAAUCAAUUGUAUAAAUGUCAUAAAUGAUUUUUUUUUCAAAAUGUUUCAGUAAAAAUUAGAUAGCGAAAAAGAAUCCAUUUCAAUUGACAUAUUUUGAUCGUUUCAAGAUCACCGAACAACAUAAUCGUGUAUCCAACCUGUACAAAGUUUUGCUACUAUAUACAUUUUUUGUAAGUGUAUUAGGCCGAUACUAAACACAUAGUCUGACUGCAGUGUGAGGCGCAACGAUGUAGAGCUGUACAGCUAUUGUCAAAAAAUCUGAAAGCUGGAGGCGUUUGCUUUUCUCGAUAAAAGGUGGCAAAUUAACUAAAUUUCUGUCUAGUGGAAUAGUUGUGGAGUUUGUUUAGUGGAUAUACUUUUUUGAACUCUUAUUUCUAAAUACAUGAGAAUUCUUUAUCUAUCUUCAAAUACUGUUUUGUAAGUUGUAAUUCAGUAUUUUAGAGUAAGAAACACCAACGACGCCAUAUGAUACACUGUACAAUCACUGGUAGCAAGAGCGUUGAAUACCAGGACGUUAUCAUAAACCUGGGUUCUUAAGAACAGAAAAAUCGGCAGGCGAACGGAGCGCAAUCUCAUGUAUGGCCAUGAUAUGGCAAGAGAGUGAAACACACACUUAGCAGAACAAAAGUGAAUCCCGAAGUAGUCUGUUGCUCAGCGCUGCAGGUGUUAAAGCUGUAGAUCAUCCAUCCUCGCUGUCUAUAAUAUUCAUUCACCUGCUGCACAUGCUACGCAUUUUGUUUUCCAUUGAAAAUCUGAUAUUUUACCCUUGCCACCUAACUAACUAUUGAAUUCUGAACUAACUUGAACACGUGAAUUGUUUUUGAAAAUACGACUACGAGAAAUAUUAAAAGUAUGUAUAAGUCGAAUAUGAGAAACAUUAAAAGUGCUAGCAUAUAUCAAUGCCAGCUUUCGUUGUUAUACAUCCUUCGAGUGGCAUCUGUCCCAGUUGGUAUGGUCAUGUGAGACAGCCACCUAUCUCUACAUUAGAUUAAGGUCGAUUAGCAUUAGCACAGUGUAGAAGAAGCAUGGAUGGAUGGAUUCUUAAUAAAGCUACUGCUCGAUCGUAA